AUGACAUUACGCACCAACCAUUCAUCAUCCAGAGAGAAUCAUGUCAAUAAGUUUUGGGCGAGGUCAACAGUAGAUGAUACAAGUACGGACGAUGAUUCUUCAGGCAGUAAUAUGCAAAAGAGCCAUGCCACCAUGUUGUCAGUUGAGCAGGAAGAUGAUGUAUCUGAAACCACAGCAACCAGCUACGAAUAUACCAUUCAAGAUCCAUCCACGUCUGCCACGGUAGACACUGACGUUCAUCCAGUAGUAGCACCAAAUAUCACCAACACCACCACACCUCACCACGCCAAUAGCAGUGAUGUCAGUCUCUUCAAUCAACCGCCCAACAGCUCGACAAAGCGAUACCAAACCAAGAUGCUGCUAGCCUCACUGAUUGAACAUUUCUGCAGAGCCUACGGAGACACACCUGAUGCUAAUCGAAAAGUCUUCUUCCUUAUUUGCCAAACUUUACGUUCACUGGGCAUCAUUGACGCUGAAUUUGUAGAUGAAAUGACAAGCGUUCGUUCCGCAUUUCAACAAGCCUUUCAUAAACUCUUUUACACUGCUGUACAAACAGUAAGAAAUCAGGAUUUGGUGCGCUUUGACGAUAAUUUGCCUGUCAUGCUGAUUAAAUCUGCACCUGUUCAAACUGAUUCAUCACUGUCAUCGUCAACGAGUUCGAGUCCAGAACCUUCUUCUUCCACUCUGUCAUCCUCAUCGUCAUCAUCUUUGGCAAUGCGUAGUAGCCGUUCUGCAGCUCGACAACAACAACAACAACAACAACAACAACAACAACAAGAAAACGACUACUUUUCUCGUCAUAGUGCAUCCUCUGCUUCUGCUUCGAUCGCAUAUCAGCAAUUAUCGCCUUCCAUCGAUGACACAAUGCUGAGUCACUCCAUCUCCAAAAUGAGCAAUUCUGCGGCCACAGCAUCCAGUUUUCACUCGUUUAUAUCCAACAAUACCAGCAACAGUGGCCAUGGUGGUGGUGAUUUCUUUGGUAAUCUCAGCGUGCAAAACUCUCGCUACAACAACGACUUUGUAGAAAUCAAUCUGCUAGGCAAAGGAGGCUUCGCAAGCGCUUUCCGAGCUCGCAAUAAACUGGACGAUAUUGACUAUGCGGUGAAAAAGAUUCGACUAGGCAGCGAUAUUGAAGAGAGCGACCAAAACAAGGAGAACCCCUAUGAAAAGAUAUUCAGAGAAAUUAAAAACCUGGCAAGAUUGGAGCACCAAAAUGUCAUUCGUUAUUACUCCUCUUGGCUGGAAUACGAUGAUUCGACCAAUGAUGAUUCCUUGGCCACGGAUGGCUCUGAUUGGGAAGAUGACACGUCUAGACCUUACUUGGGCAGAAGAUCGCUAUCAAAUGAAAGCAGCAACAGCAUAUUCAGAGGAAGAGAUCCUACAUUUAGUGAUCUGAGUGCUUCUUCAUUUGGCCGUUGCCAUGACGACGAUGAAAGUGGUAUGUCGCAUAUCCAGUUUGGCGAAGGCUCAACCAGUGAUUUUGGUGGUGCAGAAUCCAACAGUUCAUGGUCCAAUACUACUAGAUCGCAAUCCUCUAGACAGCAGCAGCAGCAGCAGUUAUCACCGAAACCUAGCAGCAACAGCAAAUCCAUCAAAAAGUCAAGCGGCUGGACUUUAUUUAUUCAAAUGCAAUUAUGCCCAACUACUUUGCAUGAUUAUAUUCGAUUUCGUAACAAGCAGUAUUCAGAAGAAGCAGAUGUGGAUAUUGUGGACACACGCAGAAACAUUGAAAUAUUUGCACAAAUCCUGGAAGGCACUGCUUAUAUCCACGAUCAAGGCCUGAUUCACCGUGACCUCAAACCAAGCAACAUCUUUCUGAGCAUGCCUAGCACGUCUGCCUAUUUUAGUGACAUUGAUGGAAAGCGAAGACGACGAAGAGCAAGCAGUGCAGGUGGAUGUCUCGAGUCUUCAUCAACAACGGCCAGUUCUUCCACGCACAGCAUACCCAAUGAUUGCAAUAUCAACAUGUGGGAGGAGUGCUGGGUACCCAAGAUUGGCGAUUUUGGUUUGGCUGCUGAGGCGAUGGAUGAAGCUACAGGCGAUACAGUGCUUGUGCCUACUCCCAUGUCCUCUACGCCGCCUAGUCCAAGGCUAGGGCCAUGCUCCGAUGCGACUACCGCCAGCAACAAUAGCCUGCUAGAGCAACACUUGAAGCAGCGACCCAAGAGGCCCAAGCCCAAGCGUACUCGCACAGUAGGCGUUGGCACUCGCACCUAUGCAUCACCGGAACAAUUAGCGGUCCCAGCACAAGCUUAUGACGAAAAAGUAGAUAUCUAUUCUUUAGGUAUCAUCUUGUUUGAGCUAUUCCAGCCAUUCACAACAGGCAUGGAAAGAGCUGACUCACUGGACAAGCUGAAACGUGGUAUAUUUCCUAAUGGGUUCCUGGAGAUGUAUCCCAAAGUGUCUGCUCUGAUCCUCUGGAUGAUGGAUCACAAACCCGACCAUCGACCCUCAGCACAUCAAUUGCUUGAGUUUGAGCUCUUUUCACAUCCCAACAUGCAAGACGAUGGCGACAUGUACCUCACACUGCAGACACAGCUACAGUCCAAGAUGAACCAGUUGGAGCGGAAGAACAAGGAAAUUGAAGAACUCAAGCAAAAGGUGAUUCAAGUGGAGCAAGAAAAGCAACAGGCGAUACAGGAAAUGCAGCAACGCCUGCAAGAAAUGCAGUUGAAGCUGAAUCAAUACGAAGCAACACCAACGCCAGAUACGCCGCCUUCUGUCAAGAAAUGCUCGAUCCUGAAUGCAUCGCCUUCGUUCCUCAAAAAGAAAAAGGAAGUGAGAUGGUCCAUGAUGGACUCGUAA